CACCAGUGACAGGAAGGGAGGAUAAUAAUGAUGGAAGGCAGAAUAAUCAGUCCCCUGCCACGGGCUCUGCAUUCCUCAACUGCCCCUCUGCUUCGCAGCGCUGCUCCCUGAAGGAUACAUUGACCUUGACAUAUCACAGCGUGCGUGACAGCCUGGCACAGAGUGAACAGAAAGGUUGCCCCACUUUGCCGAUAGCCGGAAGACAACAGGACCAGAGCUCCGGGGACCUGGCAUCAGUAGAAAUCCACUUUGUCUUGCUUCAGCAACAAAUGAGCUUUCACCUGUGAAGUUAACUGUGAUAACAGCCGACUCCACACGGGCCAAUUACUGGCUGAAGGGAAUACAAGGGCCAAGAUGAAGGAGACAACCGUUGUGGCUUGUUUACUGGUCGAGCUAUCUCUGGCUGCUUUUGUCAUGGCCUUAGAGGGAGUUGCUUAUUGCCCUGCGCUGUGUCGAUGCGAUGUACGACCCUGGUUCUCUCCCAGUUCCAUUUACAUCGAGGCUGCCACAGUGGACUGUAAUGACUUGGGACUCUCGGUGCUACCAGAGAGACUCCCCUCAGAAACACAGGUACUGUUGCUACAGAUCAACAACAUUGGAAGUGUUGAGAAAACUUUGGAAUACUUGGCCAACAUCACUGAAAUCAACUUGUCUCAGAACAACAUUUCAUCAGUGAGUGAUGUUCAUCUGGGGCUUCUCCCACAGUUGUUGUCUCUCCACAUGGAGGAGAACUGGCUCCACGAGCUUUCCGACAGCUGCCUUACUUCCCUGCCAAACCUCCAGGAAUUGUACAUCAAUCAUAACUUGAUUUUCUCCAUUAGCUCCGGAGCCUUCCAGGGCAUGAGUAGUCUGCUGAGACUUCAUCUAAACUCCAAUCGACUAACAAGCAUCAGCAGCCAGUGGUUUCAGCAUCUCCCAAACCUGGAGAUAUUGAUGCUGGGAGAAAACCCCAUUCUCUGUCUCACAGACAGGAAUUUUGAACCUCUCAUUAGCCUUAGAAGCCUUGUACUUGCCAGAAUGAAUUUGACCGAAAUCCCUGAUAACACUCUGGUUGGUCUUGAAAACUUGGAGAGCAUAUCAUUUUUUGACAACUUGCUAAAGCAAGUACCCAGAGUAGCGCUAGCAAGAGUCAAGAACCUAAAGUUUCUAGAUUUAAAUAAAAAUCCUAUUCAAAGAAUCCAGAGAGGAGACUUCAUGGACAUGAUGCAUCUCAAGGAGCUCGGCAUCAAUAGCAUGCCUGAACUCAUAUCCAUCGAUAGCUUUGCCAUCGACAACCUGCCAGAGCUGACAAAAAUCGAGGCCACUAACAAUCCCAUGCUGUCGUACAUCCAUCCGAGGGCCUUUCACAAGCUCCCCAGGCUGGAGACGCUGAUGCUGAACAGCAACGCUCUCAGUGCGCUCCAUUACAGCACGGUAGAGUCCCUGCCCAACCUGCGAGAGGUGAGCCUGCACAGUAACCCCAUUCGAUGCAACUGUGUCAUCCGCUGGGUCAACAUGAACAAGACCACUAUUCGUCUAAUGGAACCCAAUUCACUCUUCUGCGAGGAACCUUUUGAGUAUAAAGGCCGGUAUGUCCGACAGGUGCACUCCAGGGAGAUGGCAGAGAUCUGCCUCCCCCUGAUCUCAACUAUGGGCCUUCCAGAUCGAGCCGAGGUCAGUAAAAGGAGCUCAUUAUCACUGCAUUGUCGAGCUUUUGGCGAACCAGAGCCUGAGAUCUACUGGGUGACACCGUCAAGAGACAAAAUACUACCAGGCAGUAUGUCUGAUAAGUACUACAUGCACCCUGAGGGAACUCUCGAAAUAUACGAUGCCACAGAGCAGGAAGCCGGCUCUUACACCUGUGUUGCCCACAACCUUGUUGGGGCUGAUCUCAAGUCAGUGCUUGUUUUGGUGGAUGGAUACAAUGCUUCGCCUUCAAAACAACUUUUAGAUAUGAACGUAACAUCAGUGGAGUCUCAUUCUGUUCUGGUGUCCUGGGAAAACACAGGUGCUUUGGUAACAGAGCUAAAUUGGUCAAUUUUAACUGGAGGCAACCGACUCUUUAUGCCUUUUAGAGUCAGACUUCCUGCCGACGUAGAAAAGUAUCACAUCCGACAGCUAAAGCCUUCAACUUGCUACCUGGUUUGUGUUGUGGUUACUGCUGCAGACUCUGGGUACAGCCAGGACUGUCUCAAUGUGACCACAAAGACGUUAGGGGUCCCAGCAGAGACCACCCACAGGUACAGGGACAGUAUAGUGAUGGCUUCCUGUGCUGGGUUUUUUAUACUCUUUGCUUUGGCUUGCUCUGUCAUUUUUAUGUAUCUGUACAGCCAAGUGUCUUACAAGAAACUGGUUCAUGAUCCAGCUGAAUUAUUUCUGACUGCCAGCACUCAAUCCUUUCCCUCCUCCUACAUCCUUCACGUGGGCAAGACUGGGAUCUAUAUGGAGGCAACUGCAAUAGACUUAGCAAAUGAGUCUGCUUAAGCGAUCUCUGUAGAUGUAACUCCACUUUGGGAAGAAGUGAAGCUGGACAAUGAGAGACACAACAACAAAGGUUUCUUCAACUUUUCGAUGGCCAUUUUGUGUUGGAACUAAUCAAGGCGGCAUUAAAGGGAAAAAACAUAAACAACUACAUAAAUGUCUAAAAAAAAUAGAAGAUUUUGUAUUUCAAACUGUGUCAUACCUAAAUAAGGUCAAUAUCUUGAAUAUAAUCUACUUUACAACUGGUCAUUUGUGCAAAGCAACUGGACUAAAGCACAGUACAGGGAGGAUUCUGUCUUAAAUACUUUGUCAAAGCUACUUUUAUGUCUGCAAAAAGCAUUUUCUUUGCUGUGUUACAUUAAAUGGUGCCAAGCAAAGAUAGUUUAUAACAUAAGGCAAGAAAAGCUUGUUAUAGUGUACAAUAAAAA